AUGUCAAGUAUUGCAGGAGUCUUGAGUUUUAAUAAUAAAAAUAAAGAAAGAAAUGUUCAAGAAUUUCAAAGUGUAACAUUUCUAAUUAAAGUUGAAAAACUUCCAGAAGAAGAUACUCAAGCACGUUUAUUUUUCCUUGAUGGGGAACCGGUCAAAGAGUGCAAAAUACCUUCUGAUAUUAAAUGUAAAGAGAUUAAUGAAAAUGAAACUGUUAAAACCAAAAAUAAAAAGAUUUUUGCAAUGAUUCCGGAAAAAAAGAGAUAUACUAUUCAUAAUUUUGAUAAACCAGAUAAUGUUAGACAAUAUGAGGUUGAAAAGCGUAUAAACAAAGCUAUUAACACUAUCAUCAAAUAUGAA